GAUCGGAACCAGAGGACAUCACAAACGUCUUGAGAUGUGAGAUUGAAUACGGUAGUUCAAUCAUUCUCUUGGUGAUUACAGACACCUUUACAAGCACUGCAUGAAGCGGCAACAACCUACUACCGAUAGGAGGAGGGAAGAUGAAAGUGUCUUGUUGUUGACGCCCCACACACUUCGAUUGCUCAAGUUGAUCCAAGAUGGGAGCCAGGAACACGCCUCAAUGGCCGCAUUGCAACUGGCCAGCAUUUCCGCUCAAUCGUCGCCUCUGGUGCUGUGGGAUGUGCUCGGUCGCCUCUUGGCAUUCUUGUUGGACCCAAAUUGGCAGACACGUCAAAAUGCCAGCGGUGCCAUGGAAGGAGUGGCACGCCAUUUGCCACUGGCAUCGCGACAGCAGUUUUUGAGUUCUGCCAAACAACAAGAUGAUAGUAGUAGUAGUAGUAGUGUCUUGUGGUUGACGCUCCAAGAUUUCCAACCGGACUUGAUUAUACAACAGGGUCGCCUCUUGUGGGCAUUUACUGCCGACCAAUUCGCUGCGGCGAGGGAAGAAGACUCGAUCCGACAAUUGGAUCAGCAACAUUUGGCGGAAAACAAGGAGGGUGAUGCUGUUACUACUGAUGAUGACUUUGUGCAACGACGAGUCCAACAGCAACGUUGUAUUCUAGCAAGAAGGAUCGGACUAUCGGGUCUGUUGCAGGCCACUGGAGGGACUAUGGAUGCUUGUCUAUUGGAAGCUAUUACCUCGAAUGAUUUUAAAAACCUUCCAAAUCCCACUGUUUGCAGCCAGCCUCCUCCUCCACAAUCUCGUCCGAAGAAGCGCAGUCGUCGCCACGAAAAACCCAAGGAGGAUCCUCAUUCAUCCGUGAGAGCCUUGCUAGUGUUGGAAAUGAAACGAGAGCAAACCUCGGAUUCAGCCAUUUCCCUCACACACAACAACCCACAAAUCCUGUUGGCGACCGAAUUGCUAUUUCGAUUGUUUGAUCCGACGUGGUAUAUCCGUCAUGGGGCACUCAUGGGACUGCUAGCGCUCUUGAAAGCGUGGCAUGGAAACAACACUUGUACAAGUGCUUUUGGGGCUUGGCCACACGAUAUUCUGGUACGAUGUCUUUGCGUCGUACUGCUGGAUCGAUUUGGGGACUACUCGGGAACAACAACAAGCACAUCGAAUGCCCAAAGUGGGAGCGUCGUGGCACCGGUGCGCGAAACAGCAGGGCAACUGGUAUCCAUGGUGUGGCACAUGGCUCCCGAAUCCAUUCAAAAGGAAACCCUGCAAGCUUUGUACCGAUUGGCAUCACAAGACAAUGAAAAAAGCACGGACUGGGAAGUUCGUCAUGGCGCUCUGGUGGCAUUGAAAUAUAUUUGUACUGUGCAAGUCACUGGUAAAUCAGCCACAAGAACUUUUGUGGAGGAGAUUGCACAAGUGGCUUCCAAUUGUUUGCAGGAUGAAGAAAGCGAUGAUGUUCAGAGUGUUGCGGCUCAAAUUCUAGCAAUGGCAUUCUCUGGGGAUGAUUCCAUACACGAUCCUCAAAUCCUGACUAUAGUGUGGACGGCGCUGCAAAAGACACGACGUGUGUCGUCAUCGCUCCUCGACCUGAUCACUCUGUGUUCGUUGAUUCUCGAGCAUCGUAACAGCGAUUUGGAGGGAAUGGAUGGAGGACCGAGUAUGCUCUUUGUCUUUGGAGGUUACGUAGACCAUGAUCUGGCUUCGGUCAGAAUUGCAGCCCUUCGAUCCGUUGCCCAAGUGGUACACCCAAUUUGGAGCGCAGGUGCAGAUCAUGGGGGAUCUUUGGGAAUGGUGUGUGAUGCAUUGGACAGACUGCAGGAAAAGCUGUUCUUGAUGUUUUUUGAAGAUCAACUACUGUCCUCGAGUCAACAAAUCAUGAACCAACAAAAAGGCAAUCAAAACCGGGCGAACGUGGAAGGGUCAAAUACCAGUUCGUUGAGAGACCUGGAAGUAUCAGCAGACCUCUGCGCUGGUCGCACGUUAGCUUGGGACAACCUCGUUCGAAUACUGCGGCAAAGAGCGACGAGGGAAGAUCAAAGCAGCCAGGUCCAGUCUCUUGUUUACCGCUUGACUCUCCUUUACUUUGGCAUAUCACCAGAGGAACGAGCAGACGACAACACAAUUCGCUUGCCAAGAGGGGACACUUCAGUGACUGUUCUCCUUGAUGCUGGCAAAGCCCUUUCGGACAUAUUCCUCAGUGUUUCGAAUGAAUCAAUGGGUUGCCAUCUUGAUCUAGUUGAGAUCACCAUCAAAACUAUGCUGCGUUCUCCGUGGUUGGGUCAGUGCGAGGCAGCGUGCUUGCUGUUCUGCUCUCUUGCGGACAAAGUAUCCAAUGAUCCAACGUGCUUGGCAAGCAAAGCCCUUCUUCCAGUCUUGGAAUCUUGUCGACAAUCAAUCACAGAAUUGCUAACUUUAGGGCACAACGAGCUAGCCCCGCUUUGUCUUGCAGUUGAUAUCUGCAAUCACACUCGUGAGGUUCUACAAGACCGUGAUAUGCUCAAGGUGUGCCACAGUAGCUUCUUGAAUGGCUUUGCCUUGAGCCAGAAGAAUACGUCGGAUACAAAGAUUGCCAAUGCUGUGGAUACCAUCAGAAAUCUGUGGAAACAUACGAUCGCCGCAAAGGGAGGACGAGAAGAAGUUUUCGCCACAACUUUCAGUGAAGUUAUUGCCACUCGUUCUUCCAUGAGAUGGUUUGCUUUGUUGGCGGGAGCUGUCCUUGCUGGCAACAAUGGGACAAUACCUUUGAAAAAGGCAACGCCAGUCAUUCGCCCGCUCAUGACUUCUCUGAAGAACGAGAAGGAUCCAUUACGAAGACUGCACAGUUGUAGCUUUGCAGCAGACAUGCUCAGCUUGAUGUAUCAGGAAUCCCGUGAGAAUGCAAAUCCAUUCCAUAAGGCCCGCGAGAAAGUUUUGAGUACAAUGUGCGAUGCUAUCAGCUCGGACGCUUCGUCCGACAUUGACGAUGAACAAGGGGAGAGCGCUGCGUUUGCUAGAGUGAUUCAAUCAUAUCUGAAUAAAAUCUCUAGCCGAAUCCAUUCUCUUCAAGACAUUCCUCCCAUCUGGUCGCGACUACAGUCACUGCAGGGAGAAUUCGAUGAGAAUUGCGCCAAAGACGGUCUGUUCAACGCGUUGGCUCUGGCGAAAGUUGUGCUUGGGGGUCUCCCCAAUGACUGUGCGUUGGCUUCAGCUACAAUAACGAUGUUCUUGCCAAAGCUUACCUUGAUGGCAUGUCGGCUUGAUGACGACAACUGCCAAUCUGCGUCUCGUAUGAUUGUUCGCGCCAUCUGUGCGGAUCACACCAGCCAUGCCUUGCAAAUUGCGAUGCCUGGAAUCAUUGAUUGUUUGAGUGACCGGACAAACGACUCGUACAGAUUGUCGGCUUGCCAGACUCUCCAAGACAUUGUUGACACUGUUGGGAUGGGAAUCUGUACAUUCGUCCGCCGUCUUCUGCGAGUUGUCAUGUCCCUCAUGGCAGACCCCUCACCGGACUGUGCGAGGCUAGCGAACGCUAUUUUUGCUUGCCUGAUUCGCGUGGCUCCUUUGGUUCCCUGUGAAGACAGCAAUGGCACACAGAAGGCUGUGGACGCGUCUGGUGCUGACUCUGUCAUUGACCAUCUGAUACAUGGGCGUCCGUUGCCGCCGUACGAGUUGCCUCCGAGAGUAAAGAAGUCGUUGCGACAAGGUGGGGUGUCACUGAGGCCGUAUCAAAUGGAGGGCGUGGCAUGGCUAAAGUUUCUCCAGAGCGUAAACUUAAAUGGCGCUCUCUGCGACUCCAUGGGCCUAGGAAAGACGUUACAAGCAUUGAUUGGUAUCGCAAUCUCACAUGUAGAUGCAUGUAACGAUUCAAUGCCGGAGGGACCAAAGUCGUUGGUAGUUUGCCCCGCUAGUGUUGUGGGCCACUGGGAAGCUGAAAUUGAAAGGUUCUUCCCUAACGAAUCAAUCUUUACGUGCUUGUCUCUCAUCGGCAAUGCAAAGGAACGGAAAGCGCUGUGGGAAAGCAAAGCAAGACAAUGCAACAUCGUGGUCACAAGCUAUUCUGUUUUGAGAGCCGAUGUUGCCAUCCUUACUAGGCAAUGCUGGCGGUUCUGCUGUCUUGAUGAAGGUCAUUUGAUACGCAAUAGAAACACAGUUACUGCAAGGGCGUCUCGUCGCAUUCGGGCACACCACAAGCUGAUCCUGACUGGAACUCCAGUCCAGAACAAAGUGCAAGAGAUAUUCGCUGCUUUUGAUUUCUUGAUGCCCAACUUUCUUGGUAGCUCAACGUCGUUCGCGAGAGAGUUUGCCAAUCCCAUCACUAAGGGGCAUCUGGCCGGCGCUAGUGCGGAAAGCAUUGGCCUGGGGGGAGACAAACUCAAGGUUUUGCAUCAGCAGGUAUUGCCUUUCAUUCUACGACGCGAAAAGCAUCAAGUCCUCAAGGAGUUACCCCCCAAAUGCGUAUCGACCGUACCAUGUAGAAUGAGCGUCUACCAAAGGCAGAUCCAAGAAAAAUUCUUGGCAUCCGAAGAGGGAAAGAAAUCAGUGCACGAGCUCGAAACUGCUCUUCGGCUCGCCACAUCAGGACCAUCCACAGAUGACAUGAACAUUGGGUCCAACGCACUGCGGAGCCUGUUAUUUUUACGACUGCUUUGCACUCACCCGUCAUUGGUCGAGUACAAGCAGAAUGCGUCUUCUGAGCACCAGGUUUCUCGGACUUACGACGUUGACAUGUCUGGCAAGUUCCUGGCACUGUUGGAACUCUUGGGCGCCUGUGGAAUCUACCGAGAUCAGGUUACUGGAGCCGAUAACGAUUCGUCCUUGCUCUAUUGCCAGCAACACGAUGACGGCGAAGACGACGGUGACGACGUAUCCAUGCUUUUGGAUCCAAUCCAGGCUAGCGACAGUGUCAUCGGUGCACCUUCAAAUACCUUCGAUUCGGGUUCCAAGUGUCUGGUGUUUGCUCAGUUUACACAAAGCCUCGAUGCUGUGGAAGAGUUGUUAGUGAAGCGGCACAUGCCUUCACUGAGAUACCUUCGUUUGGAUGGCCGUGUACCCGUCACGAAGAGAAGCGCAAUUGUGGACGCAUUCAACAAUGACCCUAGUAUCAAGCUGAUGCUCUUGACCACUCGGGUUGGUGGCUUGGGUUUGAAUCUAACAGGUGCUGAUACUGUUUGCUUCCUGGAGAGUGACUUCAAUCCACAUGCGGACCUGCAGGCUGCUGAUCGAGCCCAUCGAAUCGGCCAAUCCAGAACUGUGAACGUGUAUCGUCUUGUUACAAAAGAUACGAUUGAGGAGAAGAUUAUGUCAAUCCAGGAGAAGAAACUUGCCAUGAGCAACGCUAUUGUCAACACGGACAAUUCCACAAUGUUCAGUAUGGGAACUGAUCGUUUGCUGGAUAUUUUCACCUCACGUACGGAAAGCCAUCAAAAGUACGAGCGUGGAAGCGAGGAGGGGGGUGUUGAGGGGUACAACCUUGACGCACUAGUGGAACGAUACAAAGAUGAGUACUCUGUCCUGGGGAUGAAGGACUUCAUCAAGGCUCUGCGAAGCUAGCUAGAUGAGCUAUUGUUAAGGAUUGUGCAAGAGAACAAACUUUGCUUAUAAUCCUUUUUCAAUAAACCCCAUUGCUUCCAAAACUAGACCACUGCACUGUCGUUGUAC